UAGUGAGUAACACUGGCCCCGGGUCACUUUGGAGGGAUUUGAUUGAAUGGGCCUGUAGCUGAUACUGACCUCCUAUACUAACAUACUAAAUCAUUUCCCCUUUAAAUUAUUACAAAACCAAAGAGUUGUAGUGUUUGGGGGAGGGAAAUUGCGCUUUAUUUUUAUUUUUAUUUUUUAUCGAAAGGAGGAGUGCAGGAUUUAAAAAAAAAACCUUCGAUCUGGAAUACAUCAAAUUUUCUUUUCACAUUUACACGCUAAAGAAAAAAAAAGACACGAGUGGGUUUGCGUCCUUUUUUAAGAGACAUGUUGCCUGUGAACAGAGCUGUUUGUGGAAACGCGCAGGAGCCUUCAGAGACGCUGCCUGCAGGACGUAAGUAGCUCUCCAGGGUGCUAAAGUUGUCUCCACACCCCCAUCUAGGCGCUUUUCGUGACACUUUCAGCCCGUAAUCCCCACACGAUGACCGGCCUGUGUCUUCAUCAGAGCGACACCGGGGCGAACAGGUAAAGGUUUCGGGGAUGGUUAGUUGGCGAGUGUGUGUGAAGACAGAAACAAAGAAAAAAGAAAAGAAAGAACGCAGAUCCGAGUGGGUAUCUGUAAGAUUGUCUCAUCGGACCCUGUCCUGAUGCCGUUACAGACAUGUGGUGUCAGAGGUGUGACUGAUAACUGAUAGUGAACGCAAGGCUUCACUAUCUUGGUCACCGUGGGAGGACAAUGCAACAUAUUGCUCCAAAUUUCAGAUGGCCGCUGUGGGAGUCCAGCCAUCCGUGUGUGCCCGUAAUUAAAAACAGACACACCUUACCGGCUCUGCCCUUUUACAACUUUCUGUUAUGGGUCCUGCUGGGAGUGCUGACGUUCCCUUGCUGCGUCCGCUGUUUGAUAUUCAAAGUGGGGGUCCUGGGGCCCUGGAACUGCGACCCUGUCUUUUACAAGGCCCUGCCUGCUGCGGCGGCCAGGCUCGCCGUGAGCAGGAUAAACGGCGACGCCGCUCUAGAUCUGGGCCUGAAAAUGGACUUCAUCAUCGUCCAAGAGCCGUGCGAAACCUCGAAAGCGCUCACGGCAUAUAUUUACUACGAGGGCAUAGCAGACGGACUCGUUGGCCCCACCAACCCCGGAUACUGUGUCGCAGCGUCUCUGCUCGCCAGGAACUGGGACAAGGCUCUAUUCUCAUAUGGUUGUGUCGCCUACGAGCUGGAGAGCGCCACGGCAUACCCAACUUUUACCAGGACAGUGCCGUUUCCCACCGACGUGUUGUUCGUAGUGUUGAAACACUUCAGGUGGGCGAGCGUCCUGGUAGUGUCAUCCAAUGAGGACAUCUGGAUAGACACGGCUGUGAGGGUUGCUUCUGCUCUCAGGAGCAAGGGGCUUCCCGUUAGACUCGUCGGAUCUAUGGGCGUGAAUGAGACGGAGGUGGAGAGCACGAUGAGGAAGAUCCAGGAUGCAGGAGGUGUCAGGGUCAUCGUUAUGUGCAUGCACUCAGUCUUGGUUGGAGGUCAGCAGCAGGCUACUUUCCUCCUCAAAGCACGCAAGAUGGGUCUGACUUCAGGGAAGUAUGUGUUUGUGCCCUACGACGCUCUGCUCUACAGCGUGCCCUACAUGAACGUCUCCUACCUCCCUCUGCAAAACAGCAGCAACCUGAGAGAGGCCUACGACGCCGUGCUCACUAUCACAGUGGCCUCGGAGCCGCUGUCCUUCAACGAGGCGUUUGCUGCGGCCAAGAGGAGCAAAGAAGUGACGCUGCCCAUGGAGCCAGAGCAGGUUCAUCCGCUGUUUGGGACCAUCUAUAACAGCAUCUACCUGCUGGCCAAGUCCAUCCAAAAUGUCAGGAAAGCAGGCAUGCAGCUGUCAGGGUCGAACUUGGCCUAUUUCAAGCGGAACAUCACUUUUAAUGGCUUCAACCAGGAGGUCAAAGUGGACACCUCUGGGAGUGUUAAGACCAACUACAUCAUCCUGGACUCUGACAACAGGGGCAGCAAGCUGUACCAGACCUAUGUAGUGGACCUAACAUCAGGGGCACUCCGUUUUGCGGGGAGGUCCAUAAAUUUCCCCGGAGGGUCCCCUCCUCCCUCUGACUCCAGCUGCUGGUUUGACCAAGGCAUCAUCUGCACAGGAGGUGUGGAGGUCACCUACAUCAUAAUAGCGUUAGCAGUCAUCUUCUCCCUGGCUGUUGCGGGGCUCACGGUAAUUCUCUAUAUCAGGAGGAGACUUCAUCAGAUCCAGCUGGUCAGAGGUCCCAAUCGGAUCCUCCUGACCUUAGAGGAUCUCACUUUUAUCAACCCUCAGCUUAGCAAAAAGAAAAUCACUUUAGAAGAUCUGAGCGAGUCCAGGAGCGCUCUGGAGGAGAAAUCUGCAGACCCCUCACACUCUGUGAAUAGCAUGCAAACAGAAACUCAUGAGACCACUAACGUAGCUGUGUACGAGGGCGACUGGGUUUGGCUGAAGAAAUUCGAAGAGGGCCACUUCAAGGAAGUAAAACAAAGCACCUCCAGGAUUUUCAUGAAGAUGAAGGACCUGAGAAACGAGAAUGUAAAUCCGUUCCUGGGCUUCUUUCUUGACUGCUCCAUGUUUGCAAUGGUGACGGAGCACUGCUCGAGGGGCAGUCUGCAGGACCUGCUGAGGAACGAGGACGUUAAACUAGACUGGAUGUUCAAGUCCUCCCUCAUGCUCGAUCUCAUCAAGGGUAUGAAAUAUCUUCACCACAGGGACUUCCCCCACGGCAGGCUAAAAUCUCGAAACUGUGUGGUAGACGGCCGUUUCGUCCUCAAGAUUACUGAUUAUGGCUUCAAUGAGCUGCUGGAGUCUCAGAAAGCUCCUUUAGAAGAGCCCCCACCUGAAGAUCUGUUUUGGACAGCACCAGAGAUUCUACGCGACCUUGCAAAUUCUCGCAAAGGGACAUUUAAGGGAGACGUGUACGGUUUUUCUAUCAUUCUUCAAGAGGUGGUGGUGAGAGGGCCACCGUACUGUAUGCUGGGACUGCCACCCGAAGAGAUUAUCCGUAAGGUGAAAAAACCUCCUCCCAUGUGCCGUCCUACUGUGGCUCCAGACCAGGCUCCGCUUGAAUGCAUCCAGCUGAUGAAGCAGUGCUGGAGCGAACAGCCUGACCGCAGACCGACCUUUGAUGAGAUCUUUGACCGGUUCAAGCUAAUCAACAAGGGUAAGAAGACCAAUAUCAUCGACUCCAUGCUGAGGAUGCUGGAGCAGUACAGCUCCAACCUCGAGGAUCUCAUCAGAGAGAGAACAGAGGAGCUGGAGGUGGAAAAGCAGAGAACGGAGAAGCUGCUGUCUGAAAUGCUUCCACCUUCUGUGGCAGAGGCCCUGAAAACCGGCGCCACAGUGGAGCCAGAGUUCUUUGAUCAGGUGACAAUCUACUUCAGCGACAUUGUGGGUUUCACCACCAUCUCCUCGCUCAGUGAUCCCAUUGAGGUGGUCGACCUCCUCAAUGAUCUCUACUCACUAUUCGAUGCUGUGCUCUCUAACCAUGAUGUCUAUAAGGUGGAGACCAUCGGUGAUGCUUACAUGGUAGCAUCAGGCCUGCCUAAGAGAAACGGCAACAAGCACGCUGCUGAGAUCGCCAACAUGUCUUUGAACAUCCUCAGCUCAGUGGGAACCUUCCAUAUGCGACACAUGCCGGACGUGCCCGUCAGGAUACGAAUAGGAAUCCACUCAGGGCCCUGUGUUGCAGGCGUGGUGGGUCUGACUAUGCCUCGGUAUUGCCUUUUCGGAGACACCGUGAACACUGCCUCUCGUAUGGAAUCCACUGGCCUGCCUUAUAGAAUCCAUGUAAAUAUGAGCACAGUGAAGAUCCUCCGCUCUCUUAACGAGGGUUAUAAAAUAGAAGUCCGAGGAAAGACAGAGCUAAAGGGUAAAGGUAUUGAGGAGACAUACUGGCUUGUGGGGAAAACCAACUUUACAAAGCCUUUGCCAAAACCACCAGAGAUUAAACCAGGGGACAACUGGCAAGAGAUGGUGACAGAGGAGAUCAAGACUCAUUUCCGCAAGGCCAACAGGCAGGUGGACAAAAAGUUGUGAAGGCAAGGAAGAGAAGGAGAAAUGUGGAGCAAGCAAAACUAGAGGAGAGGAAAGGAGAGGAGAAAGCAUCAGGAGGAGUAAGCAUCCAUCCAAAUAGAGACAAAGAGC